AUGGGAGGCAUCGGCAAAUCAACCAUUGCCAAAACUAUAUUUUUAAAAUAUUCUUUCCAUUAUGAAGGUUCCUGCUUCUUGGAAAACGUAAGAGAAAAGUCUAGAAACGGACUUACUGAAUUACGCCAUAAAUUUCUCUCCCGUCUCCUAAAGGAAGAUCUCUCUAUUGAUACUUCAACCACUUUUAUUGAGUCUAGGCUAAGUCGUAUGAAAGUUUUUGUUGUUCUUGAUGAUAUUAGUACGGUGGAGCAAUUAGAAUGUUUGGUUGGAGAGCCUUUUUCCUUUGGGCUAGGAAGUAAAGUUCUCAUCACAACAAGGGACAAGCAUGUGCUUAGCAAAGGAGUUGAUGCAAUAUAUAAGGUUAAGGAAUUGCAGUUCCACCAAUGCCUUGAACUUUUCAGCUUGAAUGCCUUCAACAAAAGCUUGCCUAUAAUGGGAUAUGAAGAACUAACAAGAAGGGCAGUUGUUUAUGCAAAAGGAAUUCCAUUGGCUUCAAAAAUUCUGGGUUCAUAUCUUCGUGGUAGAAGUGAAGUUGAAUGGAAUAGUGCCUUAAAAAAACUUAAGAAGAGUCCUCAUGAAGAUAUUCAAAAGGUGUUGAGAUUGAGUUAUGACGGACUGAAUCAUGAAGAGAAGAAAAUAUUUCUAGACAUUGCUUGCUUUUUUAAGGGAGAGUUGACCAAAUCUGUAAUUAGCUUAUUAGAUAGCUUUGGCUUCGAUGGAGAUAUUGGUAUAAGAACACUUCAUGACAAGGCUCUCAUAGAAGUCUAUGGUUUAUGUGUAAAAAUGCAUGAUUUGAUACAAGAAAUGGGUUUACAAAUUGUUCGUGAAGAGUCUAUUGAUGAACCUGAAAGACGUAGCAGAUUAUGUAAUUUUGAAGAAAUUUACGAUAUUUUAGCUAAUAACAUGGGAUCGAAGAGAGUUGAAGGAAUAAAGUUGGAUGUCUCUCAAAUUAGAGAUCUAUAUUUGGAAGCGGACAUUUUCAAGAAGAUGCCUAAUAUGAGAUUUCUCAAACUUUAUUCUGACAGUGGCUCAAGUCAUGUGCACCUUCCAGAAGGUCUCAAAUUUCUUUCUAAUAAGAUGAGGUAUCUAGAGUGGUGUGGAUUCCCACUUAAAUCUCUGCCGUCCACUCUUUGUCCUGAAAAACUUGUUAAGCUCUGCAUGCCCAAUAGCCAUCUACAAAAGCUUUGGAACGGAGUGUGUGAUUUUGUGAGCUUAAAAGAAAUAGACCUUAGUGGUUCCAAACAACUACAAGAGCUGCCCAAUCUCUCCAAAUGCUUGAAUCUCAAAGUGGUACAACUGAGGCAGUGCGAAAGUUUGUGCUUUAUUCAUUCCUCGAUCUUGUCUCUCCACUCAAUUGUUGUGUUGAACUUAUUUGGAUGCACGAAACUUAAGGGUCUAAAAAGUGAAUUACUUUUAAGAUCUCUGCGACAUAUUAAUGUGAUUGAGUGCAAGAAUCUCAAGGAGUUCUCGGUGUCAUCUGAUGAACUGAGAGAAUUGGAUUUAGUUAACACAGGAAUCGAAAUCUUGCACCCCUCUGUAUGGCAUUCAAGAAGAUUGGAAAUGCUCUCUCUUGGUAGACUUGUGAACCUUCCCAACCAAUUACCGUGCUUGACAAGUUUGACGUUUCUUGGGCUUUUCGAUUGUAAAAUCAUUGAUGAUUUGAAGCUACAUCUCUUAUUUGAUAGCAUGUUGUCUUUAAGACAAGUGGUCCUGGAUCGGUGCGGUAACAUAAUUGGACUCCCCAAUAAUACUAAGCAUCUUUUAGGAUUGAAAUUUCUUAGCAUAUGGGAUUGCAGGAGGCUUCGUUCUUUACCAGAAUUGCCGCCAUCCAUUGCAAAGCUAGAUGCCCAUGAUUGCAAGUCGUUGGAAAUUGUGUCAAGUUGGAGAACAUCAAGUGGUGGCCCAAUAGGGUUCUUAUUCAAGAAUUGUGUGCAACUGAGUGAGCAAUCGCUUCAUAAUAUCAUGGAGGCUGCUGCCUAUUCUAUGACUUAUUGUGUCUUGCAUAAAAAUGAGAAUUACAGGGAUUGUUGUUCGAUUUGUGUUUCCGGAAGCAGAGUAACAGAGUGGAUCAAAUACAGGGCAGCACAAAGCUCCGUAACUGUUGAACUCUCUCAGAUUUCAGACUUAACGGAUUUCUUCUUCUGCGUUGUACUUAAAGUUCGCUCAGAAAUUAAUUGUCGAAUUCAAUAUUUGAUGUGCACAUGCUACUUGGAAGGUUUUGAUGCGGCAGUUUCAAAACAUGAAGUGUUUUUACCAGAUGUGAAAUCUGAUCAUGUUUUUAUGUGGAAUGAUGACUUAGCAUGUAAAAGGAUAGUGGAUGAAAGUAGAAGAAGAAUUCAACAGUUGUUCACUAACAUAAAGCUUCGCUUUGAAUUCUCUGCUGGACAUCGUUGGUGUAACGAGCCAAUGAUCCCCGACGAAAGCAAGUUAAUGAUCCAAGAAUGCGGGGUGUGGCCAGUAUCCGUCUCAGAAUGUCUGAAAUUUGUUGAGCAAAUGGAAAUAGGGAGGAAAAGGAAGAGGCCUCCCGAUGUUGAAGAGCAACAACCACCGCCUCACUUUUAA